UCUCCACCUUUCAGGACAUCGUUCGCAGGACUACCGCCAAAAUGUCAAGUCAAUUCGAGCUUGCGCAAAACCCUACAGAGCCCAUAUCUUCCGUCAAGUUCGCCGAGAAGACCCCAACGCGAUUACUCGUCUCAUCCUGGGACCGACAUGUUUACCUGUACGACACGCACGGCGAGCCCGGCGGCAAGCUGUUGCAGAAGUUUGAGCAUCGCGCACCAGUAAUGGACGUGUGUUUUGGACGCGACGACAAUGAGGCAUUCAGCUGUGGCCUGGACUGGGAAGUGCGGAGAAUUGACCUCGAGACUGGCGAACAAACGGUCAUGUCAACCCACUCCCAGGGCGUCCGCAACAUUCUCUUCUCGGCUCCGCACAACCUCCUCAUCUCCGCAUCCUGGGACUCGACACUACAUCUCCACGACCUCUCGCGGCCCGGCGACUUUACCUCCGUCCGCCUGCCCUCCAAGUCCUUCUCGCUCACCGCAUCCCCUACCAAGCUCGUGGUCGCAAUGGCCAGCCGAGUAGUCAACAUCUACGAGCUGGACAAGCUGGCAGCAGCAGCGAAGCAAGGAGGCGGAGCGAGUGUAGAUGUCGAGCCAUGGCAACAAAGAGAAAGCUCCAUGAAGUACAUGACACGCGCAGUAGCAUGCAUGCCCAACGACGCAGGAUACUCGAGUUCGAGCAUCGAGGGACGCGUGGCUGUCGAAUGGUUCGACCCCUCCGACGAGUCGCAAGCGCGCAAGUACGCCUUCAAAUGCCAUCGCCAGAACGUCGAUGGGCAGGACGUCGUCUACCCCGUCAACGCCCUAGCCUUCCACCCCGUGCACGGCACAUUCGCAACCGGAGGCGGCGACGGUGUGGUAGCACUCUGGGACGCAGUUGCAAAGAGGAGGAUACGGCAAUAUCAGAAAUUCCCUGCGAGCGUGCAGACGAUCGCUUUCUCGUCAGACGGCAAGUUCGUCGCGAUUGGCGUCAGCCCAGGGUUCGAGGACGGCGUCGACGACGUGCCCGACGGCGUCAUCAAGGUCUUCAUCCGCGAGCUGACAGACACCGAGGCGCAGGGUAAGAAGAAAUAGGUCGAGUUAAAGGUCCCGAGCCUGGCGUAUGGCGUUUAGUUGGUGGAUGUUUGGUAGCCCAAGAUAUAGCACAGUUCAUAACUAAAGAGUCAAAGAUACCAUAGGAAGGUCU